AGAGAGGGAGAGAAGAAGAAAGGAAAAACGAAACACAGCGAGAAGCAGAGCAGAGAAGAAGAAAGAUGGGAAUAGCGAGCAAAGCAGCGGACUGGUCGUUCAAGGGCUUCACGGCGGCUCUCGGUGUCGCCACCGUCUACUUAACCGCCACUUUCUCCGUCAACGUUUACCGCGGUCUCUCUUGGCACAAGGCGCAGACGGUAAAGCUUGAGAAGGAAGCGACCGAGGAGCAAUCAGCAUGAAAUCCUUAUCCACGUCCUUGGCUGGAUGAUCUUCAUCACCGGAAGUCCCGGGUUAGUGAUAUCAUAAAGCCUUCACCAAGUGUAAUCGUUAACGCUACCUUGCUUCCAAUCUUUGGAGCAGAGAGUGUAAUGACGGGAAUCUUAGGCUUGUACUGUUGGGUUUAGAUCAGCAAGCUGGAGAUUUUGUAUUCUUUAUGAAGUAUGUUCUCCAAACCAACUGUUACUUGCCUCUCUUGUUUCGAAAGAGUGGAUUGAUUGACAACAACUUGAAUGAAUAAAACUACCUGUUGCUUACAUCAUCCGCAAGUUCUUGUAUGGUUUAAUAUUUUAGACUUUACAUAAUUUUCU